AUGGGUUGUGCCGCAUCAACUCCCGAUGUUGCUGAUGCCACGGCAGUAAUGGGAAACCACGGCCCGGAAAAGCAUCGUGCUAAGGGUAUGUCUAAUAAAGGCAUAUCUCUGAAGUCUAUGGAGAGCAUUAGAUCUGCCAUUGAAUCUCUCUUGAUUAACGAGCCUGAACUGACCAAGCUGAUGACGUCUUUCAGCAAGGAACAUCUGUUUAUGUUUGCAAAGGAUUAUCAGACUCAAACGGGGACAGACCUGCUAUCCCUUCUGCGCGAAAAACUAAAUGGUCCUCUGGAGAAGCUCAUUCUUUCUUCUUUCAAGCCAGACGUUACUCUGCGGACAGAGCUGAUCAGAGAGUCUCUUCAGGGAAAGGCAACAGAUAUUGAACAACUCACAGACGUUGUCCUUACUCUAAGUGAGUCUAGGGCCUGUGAAAUAGUUCAGAACUACGAUUUACUGUACGGUGGCUCUGUCAUUACAGACAUCAGACACGACUACAACGGCGAUAAGCUCUGGCAGAGGCUGAUUACCCGGAUUCUAUCUUCUAAACGUGUGUCCAGGUCGUCCCUUGCUAUGCAGAGCACUACUUUGGCCUCCGAUGGUGAUGUCGAUACACAUGCAGUGGGUGCGGAGGCCAACACUGGUACUCUGGGAAAGUUACUGGUGGCGGACGCAGAAAGGCUUGUGAUGGACAUUCGCGAACGCAACUUUGAACAUCUCCUGCUCCUCAUGGCCACUGCGCUCCCCGCAGAGUACGUCUCUAUCUGCAAGAAGUACUUUGAAAUGAAGGGAACUGUACUACGCCAGGAUAUUGCAGAUGCGCUUGAGCAUCGUCCUGAAGAACGGUAUGCACUGCUUCUUGCACACGAUUACCUGCAUAGUCCUGCCGCUGCCUAUGCAUUCAUGGCCCACACGGCCCUGGUGGCAGGGAUCUCCAGAGACGAUGCUCGGCUGACUCGGGCUGCCAUAUUGAGCUACGAAGAACACCCCGAUGUUCCAGCGGUUUAUCGUGAGCUAUAUGGCGUUACCCUAGAGGAUGCAAUUGAGAAGACAGGGACUGGGAGCUACGAAUCCACGCUUCUAAUACUUUGGAAGAUAGACAGACCAAAGGAUCCUGCGGCAGGACCCGAGGCCGAGAACGGUCCCGCAGAGACCGCUGCGCACGCUGGAAAUAAGGCAAAGCAAUCGUCAAAGGGAAACAAGAAGAGCGACAGCAAGGCGGACAAAGAGGGUGCGGCGACGCCCGUUCUGCAGAAUGACACGGUGGAGGAGAGGCUGCCUACGCCUGCAGCGAGCGAAUCCUCGACUCCCCGCGGCGACUGA